UUUCAAAUAAAAAAAUAACUUAAACUCAACAUAAAAACUGUUCAAAAUUAGAAAAAAAAUACAAGUUCCUUAUUAAUAUUAUUAAAACACAAUAUAAUUUAAAAAAAAAAAAUUUCCAAUUUCUUUUAUUCUAAAUUAAUAUAGAUACUUAAACAAUUUUUUUUUGUUGGUGCAUUUAAAAUAUUUAAAGAAAAAACAAAAAACUCAAUCAUUUGAUUUGAUUUAAAAAGGAAAAAAAAAACUAAAUAAGGCUAAUUAUUUAAAAAUAAUUGUUCAAUAACGGUAAAUAAGUAAUUUAAAAAGAGAAAAACAAAAUCAAAAUGGCUGAUGUUAGUCAUGAACUUGGAUCAAUUCGACAUAUCGUUGGAUCUCCGUUAUCAUCAAAGGUAGCAAUGUUUAAUAAGGUCGCUGAUCAACAUAAUGCCUCACAAUUAUUAAAUCCAUUUUCAAAUGUUCGGGGCAGUUCUCCAGCUAGACCAACAUUUAGCAAAGAUGAAUAUGGAAAACCACUCGCUGGAAGUUUAACAGAAAUGCGUGGUCAAAAAGCUAAUAUACAUGUAUGUAAAGAAAUGUUAGAACUUUGCGAAAUUAUUUGUCAAGAAGGAUUUGCUCAUCCAGAAAAUAAAGAUAUUAAAGUCAUUUUCUUUGGUGAUUUAUUUAAUAUCUAUAAUCAUAUUAAUGAUAAAUGUGUUGGUCUAUUAUUAAGAGCAAGAAAACAUAAGCUAGUUGAUUUUGAAGGUGAAAUGCUUUUUCAGCGACGAGAUGAUGAAGUUCCUAUAGUAACAACAAAACCAAUUGCAGAAAUUCGAAAAUAUAUUCAUAAUAAAACAGAAGAAUUUCGUAGAAGUGUUAGUCCAGCACCAAGAGCAACAAGUGUAAUUAUUGAUAAUAUGAGACGUGCUGUUUCACAAACUCCAACAACAUCACCCUCAACUUCAAAAGCUGGUACUCCUAGAUCAUUAUCACCACAACCUAAUGCAAAGAUAACUACAGAAAAAGUACCAGUACAACAUAUAGCAAAACUUGAACCUACAUUACGUCAAGCACAAUCAACACCUGCAAUUAAUAUUGUUGGAAUUGAAAAUCCAACUACUACUGAAAAUUCAACUAUUGAAACACCAGAAUCAAAAUCUGAAAAAAAAGAUAUUAAAAAUAAUAAUAAAGAUGAAAAUAAUACUGAAGCAGGAACCAGUCCCAAAGUAACUGUAUAUUUAACCAAAGCUCCUGUUGUUGAAACUAAUAUAAUUGUUGAAGAAAAUGAAGAAACUGAAACAAAGAAAGAAGAUAAUAUACCAAAUCCAGAAAUAAAAGUUGAUAUACCAAAUAAAGAAAAUGUAGAACAAAAUGUUUCUGAAUCUAAUAAAUUACCAGAAGAAAAUAAAGAAAUCAAAAAUGAAAUUUCUAAUAAUGAAUCUAAUCAAGAAAAUAAAGAAAAUAUUGUAGUAGCUUCAGAAAUAUCUGAUAAUAAUGUAACACCUGAAGUGCAAUCCGAUACAGUAAAAACUGAAUCACAACCUGUAAUAGAAACCACAAAUGAAAUUCAAAAUAAUUCUGAGGAAAAACAUGAACAAAUAACUCCAGUAGAAAAUAAUACAUCAGCUGAAAAUGCUAAUUUACAAAUUAUUGUAACUGAACCUACAUCAAAUACUGAAUCAACAACAUCUAGUGAAGCAGUAGAAAAAACUACUGAAGAUGCGGCAGUUACUGGAAAACCACCUACUGGCAUAGUACAUAAUGAUAAUAACGAAGUAAUAAAAAGUCCCGAAGAAAGUACACCUAUAGAGCAACCACCAAAUAAUAAUAAUUCUCAAUAAUUUUUCUCUUCUUUUCUUUUUCUUCGCAUUAAAUUCUCAAAAAAAAAAAAA